CAAAGUUUGUUCGUCGCCGCUCCGCUUUGUCAGUGUGAUGUUGAUGUGCUUCUCGGGUUUCUCGUAAUAAUAUUUUUCUGAAAUAUUUCAGUAUUUCAACGUUGAAAUCGAAGUUUUAAUCUUUUCCGCGCGCGCUCGAUAAUGGAUCGGCCGGAGAAGAUCGUGUGGCAGAAUCUAAUUACUGCUUCACCGGAACGUAGUGAAAGUGAUUUUGGCAGCAGGGUCAAUGCCAGCAGCUCUGCGAGUAAGCUGAAACGGAAGGAUCAACAUCCGGUGCGGAGAGAGUUUGCCCAAACGGCCGAAACGCAAUUCAAGUGCUUGCAUUGCGAAUGGACAACCUAUAUGAAUGCCACCCGGAUGGUAAAGCAUAUUGUGGAUCAAUGCCAGAACGCUCCGGAUGCGGUGCGGGAAGAGAUUGCCGCCAUUCAACAGGCAACGAUAGAGAAGGAACGAAAUUCGGUGUUUGUGGCGGAGAAUAAGAAGGACAUUCAUGGGUUGUUUCAAAUUGUGAAGGAUAAUAAAAGAUCUUGUAUUUUCUGCCAUUGGACAACUGUAAGAAAUUUGACCCGGAUGCGGAAUCAUAUCCUGUCGCAAUGUAGCGACGUUCCCAUGAAGCUUAAAUCUGUGUUCAUGAAGAAGGACCAGUUUCCGGAUGAGCCAACGGAAAUCAUUCAGAAUCAAGGUGAAUCCUAUCAAGUUUAUUCUGCCAAUGAGCAUCAGUGGGAAGAAAAUGCAGCUGAUUCUAUGGAAUACGAUGACGAUGGUGAAAGGCAAGGUUUACAGCAAGAUUUAGACAAUCAGCCAACGGAAAGUAGCUAUUUAGAAAUAGAGGAACUAGAAGAACGGAACUGCAAUUAUUGUGGCAAAGUAUUAAGCUAUGACGUGCCUGAAGAAACCACAGAAAGUGAUAUUUUCUGUUCGGACCUGUGCCUGCAACGUAUGGAGAAAACCCGACAGUUAACGGAGCAGGUUGACCAAAUGAAGCAGGCGAAACGGGCAUCCGUUAGAAAAAGACCCAUGACAGAGUCGAUCGAACCAGAAGACCAAAUCCCCACCAAAGAAAUCAAAGUCGUGCUGAUUUCGAAGUCUCCUCAUUCCAGUCCUAAAGCGCCUCAACAAUCGUCGCUUCCUCCCGUGCCGAAUAUCAAAACAGAGAACAAGAGACGACUGUCGACGAUGGUUGAAAUCGUUAACUACACCAUUGAGCAUGACGAUGUCUCAUCGGUUUCGGAAACGGCUUCUCUGCCCAGAACUCCCGCACGGAUGAUUCAAAAUACUUCGGCCAAAUCAUCACCUAAACAACAAUCAUCUGCAGUCCCUGUCCAAAAGCAACGCACACCGCCGACCGUUUCAUGCAAAACGAAGGAAGCUGAAUCUCAGACGGUUGCCAACGACGAAGGAUCCUGCCACUCGUACGCAGGAGGCCAUGUGUACCCCCAGGAAGACGUUCGCUCUGCGGACCACAAGCUCCAAUGGACCAAAGCAGUAAUCUCCCGACCGGCUCCUAGUUUCGAAGCGACCGCCGUGGUGGAUGGAGCAUUCAAAAAAAUCAAGCUGUCGGAUUACCGGGGCAAGUAUCUUGUGUUCUUCUUCUAUCCACUGGACUUCACCUUCGUUUGCCCAACGGAGAUCCUUGCCUUCUCCGAUCGGGUCAAGGAGUUCAAGAAACUAAACGCCGAAGUAAUUGCCGCCAGUAUCGAUUCUCAUUUCACCCAUCUGGCCUGGAUCAACACGCCGCGGAAGGAGGGCGGAUUGGGCAAAAUUAACAUUCCACUGGUAAGCGACAUCACGCACAGCAUCGCUAAGGACUACGGAGUGUACCUGGAUGACUUGGGUCAUACGCUGAGAGGUCUCUUCAUCAUCGACGAUCGUGGCAUUAUGCGACAAAUUACCAUGAACGAUUUGCCAGUUGGUCGUUCAGUCGACGAAACUCUUCGAUUGGUGCAAGCCUUCCAGUAUACCGAUAAGCACGGAGAAGUUUGCCCUGCCGGAUGGAAGCCUGGACAGGAUACGAUCGUGCCGAAUCCAGAGGAGAAAAUGAAGUAUUUCGAAAAAAAUCAUAAAUACUAAGUUAGGUCAUUAUUUUAGAACCUGAAAAUGUACAUCAUUCGAUUUGAAUGGACAUAUUGUGACUGAAUUUAUUAAACUACGAAAAAUACCACGUUGA